UGUUUUUGUGAGAGCUUUCGCGUGUUUACGUUUGCAAUUUCGCGUUUUUCGAAAACAUUCGUUUUGGUUUAUUUUAUUUACAAAAUACUUCUCAAAAAACUUUUAAUUCUGUGAAAUUUGUGCUUUUGUUUACCGGCGAUGGCCGUGAUAACAGUGGACAAUUAUUUGCUGUGCUGCCGGAUGUGCCUGGAGGUCGACAAGAACGAGCUGUUCCAGAACAUUUUCAGCACCAAGCUGGAGGGAAGUGAAAUAACUUUGCAGCUGGCGCUGGAGAAGACGACGGGGAUAAAAUGCUCCGUCGACGAUGAGCUCCCAUCGCACAUUUGCCAGAGCUGCCAGCUCCGGCUGCAGGAUGCGCACAACUUCAUGCUGCAGGGCUGCGUGAAUCAGGACUUGCUAAAGACGCUCAAGAUCGCGGCAGCUAUGAGAGCUACUGCGGGACAAUUCUCGCCAAUUAAGGUGGACCCAGGCGAGCAGGAUGACGUUGUAAACGUAACUUUUGAUAGAGGGGAGAGCUUUCGCGUCGAGUAUCUGGACGAUGACAGUUUGCAUGAAGACCCCGUUGAAGAGGAGCGCGACGAUUCACAGGAGCAGAACGACUUUGGGGAUGAGUCUGAGGAACAGCUGGAGGAAGACUCGGACGAGUCGUCGCACAUUGUGUUUGAUGAACCGACGGAUGCGGUUGAUUUCAUCUUGCAAAACUUCAAGGACGUGAGCAAACAGCAAUCGCCGACGAAAGCGAAGAAAACACCGUCUAUUGUUUCCCAAAGACACGAGUGCGAAGUGUGCCACAAGACGUUCCAGCGGAAAUCAAAUCUGGUUGACCAUCUAAGGUUGCAUGCCAACGUGAAGCUCUUUUCUUGUAAUUACUGCGACGCUGCGUUCGUUCAAUCUGGUAACCUCAAGAGCCAUAUCCGAACUCACACACAGGAGAAACCGUUCACUUGCAGCGAUUGCGGGAAGGCUUUCAGUCAGUCCAGUGCGCUGAAAACGCACAUGAGAUCUCACACCAACACGCGAGACUACAUUUGUGACAUCUGCCAAAAGGGUUUCACCAACAAGUCGGACCUGACGAAGCACAAAAUCACCCACACGGAUCUGCGGUACUAUCAGUGCGUCCAGUGUACGGACCGGUACUUUGCCCAGAAGGUGCAUCUCAAAAAACAUCUCAAAUCGCAGCAUUCCGAAGAAGACGAGGAGGACCUGCUGAGGCGUGGCACGCUGAAGGAGGGCGUACACCUGAGCGAUGUGAAGCCGCCGACCAGUGGGUCGAUUUUUAUUCGGACCAGAUAUACUCCAAAUGAGUAGCAGUGAAGGUCAGUGAAGUUGGAUGGUUUUUAAACUGGAAUUUGAAAAACAAUAAAAAAGCAACAAUUUAUAUUUGGAAAUGUUAAAAAUAUAUGUUACUACUUUUUAU